AGACUCUUAAGUCUCUCUCUCUCUCUCUCUCUCUCUCUCUCUCUCUCUCUCUCUCUCUCUCUAUUUAGAGUUCUUAACUUCUCUCCUUUCUCCAAAGCUGCUUCUCAUUUUAUUUUCUUGAUUCUUUAAGUCCACCUGCGUAUCUAUGAUUACUGUUGUUUUUAUAUUUAUUUUUGUUAACGUAGUGGAACAGAUACGCUUUCCUUAAAUUCUUAAAUUCUUGUCUUUUUUUCUGUAUCCAAAGUCAACAUGCAAGCUUCGAAUCAGCCAACUUGAUUUAUAACCAAGUCCAAUAACACCUUUUUUCGAGCCUCCUUCAAAUAAAGGAAACAAAUUGUGUGCAGAAAAAGUGAAAUUAAAAAAGAUGAAGAAUGAAGAACAAGCUCUGUUUCUAUUUGGUAUUUCUCUUUCAACCCGACCCAGAUGGCAACAGUUCCUCUUGUGCUCUUCUGGAUUCUUUUUUGGGUAUCUCGUCAAUGGUGUCUGUGAGGAAUAUGUCUAUAAUAGGCUUCAAUUCAGCUAUGGAUGGUACUUUACCUUUGUUCAAGGAUGGGUUUAUGUAGCUCUGAUUUACUUCAAUGGUUUUACUCCCAAGCAAAUGGUGAACUCAUGGAGGACUUAUUUUAAGCUCUCUGCUGUUCUUAUGGGCUCACAGGGAUUAACCAAAGGGGCUUUGGCUUUCAUCAAUUAUCCAGCGCAAAUCAUGUUCAAAUCCGCCAAGGUUUUGCCUGUCAUGGUGAUGGGGGCCUUUAUACCGGGUCUGCGACGAAAAUAUCCACCCCAUGAAUAUAUAUCGGCAAUACUCUUGGUAGUAGGCCUAAUUCUUUUCACCUUGGCUGAUGCGCAAACCUCGCCAAAUUUCAGCAUUAUCGGUGUGCUAAUGAUAUCUGGUGCUUUGAUUAUGGAUUCCUUUGUGGGGAAUUAUCAAGAGGCCAUCUUCAAGAUGAAUCCUAACACAACACAGAUGGAGAUGCUCUACUGCUCAACAAUUGUCGGCUUUCCUAUCUUGAUAGUGGCUAUGAUUGUAACAGGAGAACUAAGGAAAGCAUGGCCUUCAUGUGCUCAGCAUCCCUAUGUUUACGGAGUCUUGGUGUUUGAAGCCUGCGCUACUUUCGUAGGUCAAGUGUCUGUCCUUUCCCUCAUAGCGAUAUUUGGUGCCGCCACUACUACAAUGAUUACAACUGCAAGGAAGGCCGUAACAUUAUUGCUUUCUUACAUGAUAUUCACGAAGCCUUUGACCGAACAACAUGGUACCGGAUUGCUGUUGAUGGCUAUGUGUAUCAUAAUGAAGAUGUUGCCCGAAAACAAGCCCCUACCUAGGCCUCAGAAAACUAUUCCUCUUCAUCAAACUGAAAAACCAUCUCAGACUGAAGAUUACAGAUUUCAAAUAGGCGCUGAAGAGGAAGAAGAGAAGAGACCUUUGGUCUAAAACAAAAUAGCACUUGUUUGCUCUAGCUUUAGUCUUAUUAUUUUAUUUGAUUAGGUUAUAGUUGUAAUAUGGCAACAAAAUGUUAGGCUCUUUUUUACUUUGUUGCAAUUCAUCUAAGGUGGUAACAUUUGUGAAGUAAUUUGUUUCCUCUGAGGGCAUUUAGUCCAACUUUAGAUGAUGAAUAUAUGGGUGCAGUAAUGCCAAGUUCUUUAGGCUUGGAA